GUGCAGAGGUGCCCAGCCAGCCACUGCACCUGAGCAUGGGACGCGUCAGAGGCCCAAGUCUGAGUACGGAGAGCAAACGCGAGCACUAGCAGGAGUGCAAGGCCAUGGGUGACGAUGACUUCACCUUCGCCGUCGUCCUGCCGCCGCAUCUGGCUGCAGGCGGUGGCGUCUUGCCCCGCGGCCGCAUGAGCCCACUGUACCCAGUCUUCGGCCGGCCGAGGUCACCGCCGCGGCCCCCGGAGCCGGAGACGGCCACCGUGCGGGUGCCGCUAGGGCGGCUUCUGCUCGUGGACAGGGAACCGUCGCCCGCGCAGCCACCGGCGAACGACCUCGCCUCGGUGCCGGCGGAGGUGUACUGCCCCUGGUCCCCCGGGUGGUCGGCCGCGGCCGCGGUGUCCCCGGUGCGCUGCCGGAAGAGCGGCUCCACGGGGUCAGUCCUCCGGUGGCGGCCGCGACUCGUCGGGCGGAGCCAGAGCGACGGCAAGGAGAAGUUCGUGUUCUUGAACACCAGCGCCUCCGGGUCCGAGCGUCAGGGGAGAACUGGCGACGGUGCCGGCGGCGGCCACGCCUGGAGCUAUUACGCGAAGGGCGGUGGCGGCGGCAAUGGUGCGCGCCGGAGGUCGUUCCUGCCGUACAAGCAGGACCUCAUCGGACUGUUCGCCAACGCCGCCGUGUUCCGGCGGAGCUACCACCCAUUCUAAUGUAGUGUACCUAUUCACGGUGUCGUUCUAGUUAUCUUCAUAUACGUAUACAAAUACGUAGAGUGAUUAAGUUGGAGUGCUAUACUGCUAUGUGAUUGAUUGGUAAUUUUUGGCUGCUUUGUUUGUUAGUAAUGAUCAAAUUGUAACUGAGCUUGUAGCAGGCUACUCGCAGUGCAGUCAGUGUGUGGUGCACUCCAUUUUAUUUAGCACUCUAGGUGUUCUUUUUUCCUAUUUUGCUUGGAGUGAUGUACGAGACGUACUGUUCUCGGUAAUAGAAAAGCAGUGAUGAAAAAUUCUCUAGUUCUUUAUUUUAUUUUA